AUGCGUCUCUACAUCCCGUGUGAGGAAAACAAUUACGCUGGCUUCUGCAAAGGCGCCUGGCGGCUACAACUUGGUCUGAAAAAAGCCUUCACCCUCCGCAGCCGCGCAGAAGGCCUUAAACUAACGUCGACAUACUCCUGGCGCUGCUCAAAAUGCAACUUCGAAGGUCCCGCCGUAAAUGCUAGCACAUCAAUUACGAACGAGAGGUAUUCAUCAUCGUCACUUUCCUCUCGCACCUACGACAUGACCAUCCGUACCCACCCCGCCACAGGCAUCCGAUAUCGAUGGUCCUUCCUAGCCAAGUCUCAUAUAUUUAUUAAAAAGAUCCAGCUGAUUCAUCCCCAAGGCAGCGACGGUACCAUUGGCGUCUUCGGGUGCAUCUUCUGCUGCGCCCAGCAGCGUGGACCAGCCCCGACAUUUGGGAAUCUCGAUACCUUCAUGGAGCAUCUGCAUAAACAACAUCGGGAUAUUGAGCCUUCUCCGCAGAUGGAGAUCUUGCUCGAUCGUGCUCGGUGCGUACUCGGUCGCGUUGCGGAUACGACGGAGGAUUUUGAUGUUAAUAUACCCCCGUCUAGUCGGGGUUAA